CCGCAAAGGAAACAUCGUUUCUCAUCAUCAAAAACACCAGACUCCGAAGCUUGCACCAGCUUUGUCAGUGUAUGAUCAGGCCGCUUCUACUUUCCCUGCAUAUGGUGGAUAUCGGCUAGUCGUAGGGAAUCAAUGCCUUUGGCGCAGGCAAAUGAUUUGAACCACAAAGAUCAGCAUCGAGAUUAGCUUUGUGCACGGCCAGGGUGUGUGGUGUGAAGUCGAAUCCUCCUGAGUCCGUACCGUGAAAACCGGUCGCCGACAUCACCAUGUCCAGAACAUUCGGGCCAGAACACCCCGCUAGUCAAAUGUUCCAAAUAUUUGUUUUAUUCCUGUAUCUGUGGAGUUUCGCCGCUGCCGAAAUUCAACAUCUUCGCCCGGAAGACUACGAAGGAUUGGUGGUGACGAACGCUGAGCAGGUAGCGUCCACCGAUGCCGUGCUGGAAGACUUGCUGAGCGGCCAUGCCCUCCAUCCGAUGCAUAUGGGAAAGGAUCCAAGAACACAGGUGGAGAACCAUGACAUAUUCAUCCCACAUUAUCUCAAGGCGCAUCGGUUGACAGAGGAGCAUAGAGAGCUAUUAUACACAGGCACAAUCAGUGUAGAAGUGAAAGGAUUUGGAAAGACAUGGAUUCUGGACAUGCUACAGAACAUGCGUCCCUUCGGAGAUCAUCAUGCCAAUUUUAAAUGGAACAACGCCACAAAGAAGUACUCACAUCAAAAGAUCCUCGCCUCCACGUGUCACUAUCAUGGGUCUGUGCGCGGCAAAGGUCCUAAAUCCUGGGUGGCCGGCAGCACCUGCUCUGGACUCUCUGUGAUGUUCUACGAUGGUGAAACAGCGUACAGCACUGCACCAUUGAGAAGAGGAGCUAGUAUGUCCAGCAAACACGUGCUCUAUCGCACAGCUGAGAUGCAUGACAACUUCCACUUUGGAUGCGGUGUGACUCAUGACCCAGGCUUGUCAUUUGACCAACCUAUGGAUCAGCUAGCUCCGAAGAUUGUUGGCGAAGAUGUCCACAUGCGGGCCAAGCGUCAAACAUUCAUACCCGGCACGGCCAAUGUCCGCCGAGCCGUGGAUCUUUUCGUCAUCGCUGACAGAUUCAUACCGCCACAGUUUGGCAAUGAUGCGGCGCAAGUUCAAGACUUCAUCAACAGCGCUAUCAACUUCAUGGAUCAGGCUUACUUGACCGUGAACAUGCGCAUAUUCCUCAGCGGCUUUCUGCAACUGGAGGACAACACGAACUUUGCUGAAUCCACCAACGCCAACCAGCUGCUAGACAGCUUCACCGCCUUCGUCGAGGCGGACUUUGUCAGUUUUGGCGUCGCCAUAGACAGUGCUAUGCUCCUUAGUGGUGUGUCUUUUGAUGGAUCAACGGUUGGCCUGGCCUUUGUGGAUAACAUCUGUGAAAGACGCGGUACAUCCAUAGUACAGAAUUUCGCCGAGGCUCCGGCAAGCUUUGUGUCGCUAAUCAUGAGCCAUGAGCUUGGACACACGCUCAGCAUGCAGCACGACGGUGAUCCAGGACGUAUGACAUGUGAUAACUGUCCAGAAAAUAACCCCUGCAUCAUGAACCCUUCAGUUUCGACCUCCCAACUAAAUGCGUUCAGCCAGUGUAGCGUGGAUAGUCUCAGCAAUGUCCGUGACGUCAGCUUCUGUCUUGCCGCGGUUACCGUCGAUCCAGUGUGUGGAAACGGGGUCACUGAAGCCGGAGAGGACUGUGAUUGCGGACCUGUAGCUAACUGCACCAACCCGUGCUGCAAUGCAUCUGUGUGUCGCCUGUCUACGGGUAGCCAGUGUGCAGAGGGAAUGUGCUGCAACACGGACACAUGUCAGUUGCUAGGCAGUGGUACAAUGUGUAGAGAUGCUGUUCUUGACGAUCGCUGUGACCUGGAUGACUUCUGUUCUGGAACCUCUUCAGAGUGUCCGGAGUCGACGCGCAGGAACGGUGAAGUGUGUGCUGGUGGAAACGGUGACGAUCUGUGUUGGGAUGGCAAUUGCAUUACUCGCACGGCUCAAUGCAUGCGUCUCUUUGGUCCGGACGGUGGGCCUGGCGACGAUAUUUGCUUUCUUCUCAACGCCCGCGGCGAUGAGUUUGGUUUCUGCGAGACUAGUCUGCAAGGUGCCAGCACUCAAGUCUUCACUGAAUGCUCCAAUGACAAUCUACUAUGUGGCCGGUUAAACUGUAACAGCAGCGGUGAUAACUUUGCUCGCAUCCGCCAGAGCCACGUGCGCACCUUGGCCACGGUUGCCCCGAGUGGAGAAGAAGGAUUUGAAUGCAAGGGAAUCAGCGUAACCGAUCUGAACUUCAUCGAUUCGGAUGCAGUCAAUCCAGCCUUGGUCGAUAACGGCCAGAACUGUGGUAAUGGAGAUGUAUGUGUGAAUGCGCAGUGCUUGCCUCAAACCAAUCCAGCAACAGGGAUUGAGUUCUGCGGAUCUAACGGCGCCGGAGUAGAAUGCAGUGGACAGGGAGUGUGUGACAACAAUCAAGUGUGCCGCUGCAAUCCCGGAUUCACUGGAGCUAUCUGUGACGCGAUGACUGACGAAUGCGGGUCGAUGCCAUGUCAGAAUGGCGGGACGUGCAAUGACCUGGGACUUGUGUUUGAGUGCAACUGCCCCACCGGUACAUCUGGAGAUCUGUGCCAGACCAUUAUUGACAAUUGUUUGAGCAUGCCGUGUGCGAAUGGUGCCACAUGCACGAACGGCCUGAAUACGUUCAGUUGUGAGUGUGUACCAGGGUUUACCAGCAGCAACUGCAGUGAAAUAAUUGAUAACUGCAUGGACAUGCCAUGUGAAAAUGGAGCAACGUGCGUGAACGCCAUCAACAUGUUCACGUGUAACUGUGCCGCUGGAUUCACCGGUGACACAUGCCAGACAAUGAUCGACGAGUGUGACUCGUCACCGUGCCAGAACGGCGGGACAUGCACGGAUCUGCUGGCUGGGUUCCAGUGUGCCUGUGUACCUGGUGCAUCUGGAGACAUGUGUGAAUCCAUUAUUGACAACUGUGCGAGUACUCCGUGUGAGAAUGGCGCUACAUGCAACAACGGCUUGAACAGCUUCACUUGCAUCUGUGUAGCUGGUUUCACCGGAUUGAACUGUUCGGACAUUAUUGACAAUUGCGCAUCCACGCCGUGUAAUAAUGAUGGCUCGUGUAUGAACGGAAUCAACACGUUCACGUGUAACUGCGUGGCUGGGUUCACCGGUGACACUUGUCAAUCAGUUAUUGAUAACUGUGCCAGCAUGCCCUGUCAGAAUGGAGCAACAUGUACUAAUGGUAUCAACACAUUUGCAUGUGACUGUGCUCCUGGGUUCACUGGAAUGAACUGCUCAGAAGUCAUCGAUAACUGUGCCGACAUGCCCUGUCAGAACGGAGCAACGUGUACAAACGGUAUCAACACCUUUACAUGUGACUGUGCACCCGGUUUUACGGGAGCAGAAUGCCAGACAGACAUUGUAUUCUGCAUUGGCGAUCCUUGCCUGAAUGGUGCGACAUGUGUGGAGCAGCUGACUCAAUUUGUGUGCACCUGUGCACCGGGAUUUACAGGCCCCAUGUGUCAAACCGACAUCAACGAAUGUGACAGUAAUCCAUGCCAGAAUGCCGCCACUUGUUUUGACAUGGUGGGAACGUUCGUGUGUCAGUGUCCAAUCGGAUUUACCGGCAUGCAAUGCGAAUCGGAGAUUGUGAUAUGCAACAGUCAGCCAUGUCUCAAUAAUGGAUCAUGCAUUGAAGGCAGUGACUCAUUCAUGUGCAAAUGUCCCCCUGGUUUCAACGGAACAACUUGUCAAAUCGAUGUGGACGAAUGUCUGUCACAGCCGUGUCAAAAUGGAGCAACGUGCGUGAACCAGACAAAUAUGUUCACUUGCAUCUGUCCUCCCGGAUUUACUGGACCCACAUGUGGAGAAGACAUAGAUGAUUGUGAUCCACAGCCAUGUCAGAAUGGUGGUACCUGUGACGACGGUAUAGAUGAGUUUACAUGUACAUGUGCCAAUGGAUUUACUGGAGACGUAUGCGAAACAGAUAUCGAUGACUGUGACCCUCAGCCAUGCCAGAAUAAGGGAACGUGUUUGGAUGGUAUUGACGCAUUCAAGUGUAUGUGUGCUGCUGGCUUCACAGGAGACACAUGCCAAACAAAUAUUGAUGAUUGUGCCUCUCAACCGUGUGCCAAUGGUAGUACUUGUAUCGAUGGUAUCAACAACUUCACUUGCAUUUGUGCGCUGGGAUUCACCGGAGGAAAGUGCCAAACAAACAUAGAUGAGUGUGCUUCUAAGCCAUGUCAGAAUGGUGCUACUUGUACCGAUGGUGUAAAUGAGGUUACAUGUACUUGUGCCAAUGGAUUUACUGGAGUCGUAUGCCAAACAGAUAUAGAUGACUGCCUGCCAGCCCCGUGCCUCAACAAAGCCACUUGCAUCGAUCAGGUCGACGCUUUCCUGUGUGUCUGCGUUCUUGGCUUCACCGGAGACUCCUGCCAGACUAAUAUUGAUGAUUGCAUAGCAGCACCUUGUCAGAACAAUGCCACGUGCAUCGAUGCUGUCAACAAUGUGUCUUGUGUAUGUACUCCUGGGUUUACUGGACCUUUAUGCAAAACCGAAAUCGACGAAUGUGCUUCUUUGCCCUGUUUCAAUGGUGGCACCUGUUUCGAUCAAAUCAACUCGUUCCGUUGUGUUUGUCCAUUUGGUUUCACCGGCCGCAAUUGCCAAACAAAUCUGGAUGAUUGUGUUGGCGUGAAAUGUCAAAAUGGAGGAGUGUGUGUCGAUCUAGCCAACGAUUUCUUGUGCAAAUGUCCUCGGGGAACAUCUGGAAGAUUCUGCGAGAUGGUUGCCUCGCCUUGCCUGCUCACUGACCAAGUUACUGGUGUGGUGCCAAUAGCACCAGCUACUGGAGUUGUAGUUCCGUCCAUGUUCAUCGGUUGUUUCAGCUCAGCAUCAUCACCGCGUCCAUUCGACAGAGUACUGACGCUAGGCUGUCCGGACAGUCCCGUGUGCACUGCGUCGUGUAGAUCCCUUGGCUACCCUUACGUCUCCAUACGCCCUAACAUGGGCAGCUUCGACUGCGUGUGCGGCUGUUCGUUUGCCAACUCGUCCGCGUCGGCCGUCGAUCCGGCUCUGUGCCAGGCGGGUUGCCCAAUGGCCAUUCCGUUCUGCGGCAGCCUCUCAGAGAAGGCCGUGUACAGCACCGGGUACAUGCUCCCCGUGUAGACACUCUGAGAGCUGCUCGAACUUCAGACACAGCUCUGUAUGUAUGUAUGUAGACCUGGAUUCAGGGUACAUGCUUCCAGCUUAGACACUCUGCGUGCUGUUCAAACUUCGGUGACGGCCACGUAUGUAUACAUGGAUUUCGCUGUUGGAUUUUACACCAUUCGGGGUAUUUGUUCCCGUUCAGAAACUCUGGGUGCUGUAAAAACUCAGUGACAGCCGUGUAUGCAUACGUGAAUUUCUCUGUUGGAUUUCACACCUAGGUAGGUAGGCUAUUGCCAAAGCUGUUGGCAUGCUCCAAGCACAAUGCACCGUCUUGCAAACAUUCUGCCAGUAAUUCUGCCGCCUUAACUCUUUCCUGACAUUCUUGGUAGAAAGGAAAAGGUGGUUUGUCAACCGACGACCGCUCUAUUCAGUUCCUAGUGUGAAGUCCAUAGACUUCUUAGUUCCAGGUAUUGCUCACACAUACCCGCCGGAUGAGUGCGAGUACGCGUGGCCCAUGCAACAUGGGGACCCACGGACACAAACCGGUUAUAGCCGCUAAUAUCGCAGGGCUCGACUUUCACCUUCGCUGUGCUAGUAAGCUUGCUGUCUUGGCGUCUAAUUUUCUGUGUUGGUAUUUGCUUGCUGAAUUGCUGAAUCCGCUCUAGAAUCCUGCCCGGACGACAUCGUAACUACCAGUAUAGCAUGCAUGCGCAUAGCAUUGCACUUGGCUGGGGCACUCUACCAUAACAGCACAUUGUGUGACACAGCAUUAUCAUUAUGGCUGUAUAGAUUGAUAGUUAGCAUGCGGCUGCAUUCACUUGCCCUGCAGUUAUGAUAUCCCAGCUACAGUAGUAAUCGUGGUGCUGUCAACCGAUUAAUUUAUAAUAGCUAUAGCUUUAGGAACAACCUCACUUUUAGAUUUAGACUACGGCAGCGAGCUUCUGCUGUUGGAUUAAGAUUUUUUUAGUUCAUAAGGAGUACCAUACUUCUGUUUCCUUGCCAACCAAUACUUCUCUUCACCUUGAAUGAAUGA